AUGGUCAAAGUCGCUGUUGCCGGCGGCUCUGGGCAGGUCGCUAGGGAAGUCAUCGACGCCCUAGUUGCUGCUGGGAAGCACAAAAUAACCGUCUUGAGCCGGAGUAAGGCUUCUCCCGACGGCACGGUCGCGCUGGGAGUUGGGUGGCGCGUGGUCGACUACAGCGACACGGGCGCCCUGGUCGAAGCCUUGCGCGGAACGCACACGCUCCUGUCGUUUGUGCAGCUCCUCUCGGACCCGGGAUGUCAGUCCCAGAAGAACCUGAUUGACGCCUGCGUCACCGCCGGAGUCAAGCGCUUUGCUCCUAGCGAGUACGGAUAUGGAAGUGUCGGGUCGGUCAAUCUCCCCUUCUGGAAAGGGAAAGAAGCGGUUCGGGAAUACCUGAAGGAGGUCAACGAGAAGGAAAAGGUUCUGGAGUACACCCUCUUCAUGCCGGGCCUGUUCUUGGACUACUUGGCGACGCCGUACCAGACGGCCAAACACAUUGCGCCGCUGGACCUCAUCUUCGACUACCAGAACUGCCGGCAGUUCAUGGUGGAGGGCCACGAGGAUGCCAUCGUGACGCUGACGACAGCCGCGGACACGGCCGCUAUAGUUGCUCGCGCCGUCGACCACGACGGCGAGUGGCCCGUGAACGGCGGCAUCCGGGGCAAUCGCGUCACGUUCUCGCAGAUUGUCAAGCUCGGGGAGAAGGUUCGAGGCCGUCCUUUCACUAUUAACAAGGUGAAGCUCGAAGACCUCCAAGCUGGCGUCCUCAAGACGCCGUGGAUCCUGGCCAGGAAGCACAGCGCCGUCAGCGACGAACAGGCUCCCGAAUUUUCCACGGCGGUGCCCAUCGGCAUGAUGCUCACCAGCGUCAGCGGCGCCUGGGACGUGGGCGACGAGUUCAACCGGCUGUUCCCGGAUUAUCAGUUUACUCAAAUGGAGCCUUUCCUCGCCAACGUCUGGGAGGGGAAACCGUGA